AUGGCGGACGAUAUGGCGAACCGUUACCAGGUGAUGGAGGAAUUGGGAAGUGGGAGUUUUGGCACCGUUUACAAGGCCAUUGAUAAGCACACGGGCGAGAUUGUCGCUGUUAAACAUAUCGAUCUCGAGUCCAGUGAAGAUGAUAUUCAGGAAAUCCAGCAAGAGAUUUCCGUCCUGGCCACUUGCGCCAGUGCGUUUGUUACACAAUACAAAGCCAGUUUCUUGAAGGGCCACAAACUUUGGAUUGUUAUGGAAUAUUUGGGAGGUGGAUCAUGCUUAGACUUGUUGAAACCAGGUGUAUUCAACGAAGCGCAUGUCGCAAUUGUCUGCCAACAACUACUACAGGGUCUCGAGUACCUACACGCCGAAGGAAAGAUUCACCGUGAUGUCAAGGCCGCCAACGUCUUGCUCUCGAAUACAGGAAAGGUGAAGCUGGCAGACUUUGGUGUGGCUGCGCAGUUGGUCAACAUCAAGUCUCAGCGCAAUACAUUCGUCGGGACUCCGUUCUGGAUGGCGCCGGAGGUAAUUCAGCAGGCUGGUUACGACUUCAAGGCAGACAUCUGGUCUCUGGGUAUUACUGCGAUCGAAAUGAUCAAUGGAGAGCCACCGCAUGCUAGCACCCAUCCCAUGAAGGUCCUGUUCCUCAUUCCGAAGCAGCCUGCGCCCCGUCUUGAGGGUAACGAUUACAGCAACACCUUCAAGGACUUUGUUGCGCAGUGCUUGACUAAAGACCCGGAUCGCCGGCCCAGCGCAAAGGAGUUGCUACGACACAAAUUCAUUCGAAAUGCUGGAAAGACCGAGGCACUGCAGGAGUUGAUCCAGCGCAAGCAGGAAUGGGACGCCGGUCGAGGAGUCUCCAAGGACGCCACCUCCCCCGAGGACGACGAGGACUGGGUCUUUGAUACCGUGAAGGCGCCAACGAUGUGGGUGCCCAAGGGCAAAGACUGGUCUACCCUUGACGAAGAGGAUGACGAUUGUGAUCCGGCCGAGCUGUUGCAAGAUAUGCACAUCUCUCAACCACCUCCAGCACCUCCCAAGCACCAGGUCAACCCGGCUGUCCAAGCCAACUCGACUGUCCGACGCACACCGAACGUGGAGCGAUCAGCCGACCGAUCCCCUUCUAUUCGGCGUGCCAACACCAAACGUCGAUCCAGUGGUGUCAAGCAGCCGUUGGGCCUGGACUUGAGCUUUGGCAACAGCCCAUCCACUGUUCGCCAAUUCCGUCGUGUUUCGGACAAGGUCCCGAGCGAGUCUACAACUCCCAAGGUUCCACCCGGGUUCGACGAGAACACCAGUCCCAAGCCAUUCUCCCCCUCUGAAUCGACCAGCAAAGAGGCUCAGCUUGGACGUCGUGCCUACAGCAGGGCCGUCGGCAUGUCCUGCCAGGAGGUCCUUGCCAACACCGGAGACGGCGAGAAACGAGAGGCUAUCUCCCGACUGGCCGAGGCCUGGAGUGAUCUGGAGAUGGUCGAUCCAGAGGGUCUCUACCACAUUAUCCGAACCAUGAAUGAGCGACUGCAAGCCGACCCCCGCCUCGCCUCCUUGAUUCCCGCAGCCCCCGCUCAACCCGACUCUCCCUCCCGCCCUCGCUUGGUGCUGGCCCAAAACAACCCACACCUCAAGAGCCACCGUCGCCGACAAUCGACGCAUGUGGUCGACCCACUACCCCAGUCUCCACCUCGCUCAAGCAUGCCCGGUCAAAAUGUACCUGGCAUGGAGCACACCAAACAACUCUCCGAUGUACUCUACCAGCGUUGGGCAGAGGGACUCCGCAACCGAUGGGGUAUCUAA